GGUUUCCGAGGAGCCCGGUAUAAAGCGGCCGCUGCUGCCCGCACCCGUCCGCUCAGCCCGGUCCGACUCGCGCUGACCCGCCCCCGGGGAGCAGCCGGGCCCCGACCGACCCACCUGCCGCAGCCAGCCAGCCCCUCCGCGGCCACAGGGGCCAGGUACCGGGCAGAGGGGGAGACCCGGCGGCAGGGAUCUUCACUGCCAUCUAUUUACUAUGCCUCUCUGCUUGCACUGCUUGAGGAAGGGAAGCCAGCUGUUUUAAUGCCUAAACUGCUUGAAUACCAGAUUAAUCAGCCACUCGAUGGGGAUUAACAGUGGAGCACCUUUUUGUGUCGCCUUUUCACCUCUGCAUAGCAAGAAUAACAACUUCAGCACCUUGUCAAUAAUAAUUAUGAAACUGGUAUUAACUGAAUGGCAAUUAUGGAUUUUUAACUCUAAUUCACAGUAAACAUAGCAAGCCAUAUGUUGAAAUUCCUACUAAGUAGCUUCCUGUUCUUUGUUUCAUACCUACCUGAGAAGUUGUGAAAUACCUAUCUGUACAAGAGGAAUAUAAGCAUUACUUGCACCAGGAACACAACAGAAGCUGAAAGAGAAGACAUCUUAGAGAUAUGAUAGUAUUAUUUAUAGAGCUAUAAUAAAUAUAUAUUUUUAUUGUAAUGACAAUGGCUCCCCAGAAUGCUGACUCGGAAUCUAUGCAAGUUGAAGAGCUACCUGUGACAGAUCUUCAGAAACCAGCAAACAAAGAGAAUGAGAGUAGGGAGGAGACUAUUAGCGAAGGAUCCAUAAAUCGGAUACCAGUACGCCUGUGGGUCAUGCAUGGUGCAGUGAUGUUUGGCAGGGAAUUCUGUUAUGCUAUGGAGACAGCAUUGGUAACCCCGGUAUUGUUGCAAAUUGGUCUUCCUGAGCAAUACUACAGCCUCACUUGGUUCCUUAGCCCCAUCCUGGGCCUGAUCUUCACUCCACUCAUAGGUUCGGCUAGUGACCGCUGCACGCUGAGCUGGGGCCGCCGGCGGCCUUUUAUUCUUGCUCUCUGCGUUGGUGUCCUCUUUGGUGUUGCACUUUUCCUUAAUGGCUCUGUUAUAGGUCUGGCCAUUGGAGAUGUCCCAGACAAGCAGCCCAUUGGCAUAGUUCUCACAGUGCUUGGGGUCGUGGUAUUGGAUUUUUGUGCUGAUGCAACAGAGGGGCCAAUUCGGGCCUAUUUACUGGAUGUGGUGGACAGUGAAGAACAAGACAUGGCACUCAACAUCCAUGCCUUUUCAGCUGGUCUUGGAGGAGCCAUUGGCUAUAUGUUAGGAGGGCUGGACUGGAUGCAGACCUUCUUGGGUGACCUUUUUAAAUCUCAAGAACAAGUACUUUUCUUUUUUGCAGCCAUUAUUUUCUCUGUCUCUGUUGCUCUUCACCUUUUUAGCAUUGAAGAAGAGCAGUAUAACCCUCAGCAAGACAGAAUUGAAGAUGAAGCAGAUACACUUUCUAGUGUUAAGCUCAGUGGCAGCCUUCCACCUCUGAAUCGACUGAAUGUAAUUAGCGAGGAAGAUCCCUAUGGGACCUCUGUGUACCCAGAGGAGGUUCAGUCAGAGCAGGACCUUGAUAUGGAGUUCCUUGAGGUGGACAUCGUAAGGAGUAAGAGCGAUUCUGUUCUGCACAUGCCAGAUGCUACUCUGGAAAUUGAAUCGGAGCUGCUUUUCCUACAUGACAUUGAGCCCUCCAUUUUUCAGGACCCUUCAUACCCAAACACUCCCCUCAGCACCAGCCAGGAACUUCUGAAGUGCAAAUUUAACCGCCUGUCUGCUUUCCUCAGGGAAAAUGAAAAAGAGGAGAUGUUGCUUGAUAAUCACUUGAAUGAAGCCAGAGUCCCAAAUGGCAAUGGCUCCCUACCAAAAGAUCUCCUCAAUGGACAUGCUGGGAUUGGCAUGAAGCAAUCUAGUACUUCAAACUCCAUGCGCAGGCGAAGGCACAUGUUCUAUCGUCAGCCAUCUUACACUUUCUCCUACUAUGGCAAAAUAGGUUCUCACCGCUAUCGUUUCCGACGGGCCAAUGCCAUUGUCUUGAUCAAGUCCUCCCGCAGCAUGAAUGAUAUCUAUGACAUGCAGAAGAGACAGCGGCAGAGGUACAGGCACAGGAAUCAGAGUGGAACAACGAAUUCUAGUGGAGACACUGAGAGUGAAGAAGGGGAAACUGAAACCACAGUCAGACUUCUGUGGCUGUCUAUGCUGAAAAUGCCCAAUGAGCUCCUGAGGCUCUGCCUUUGUCACCUCUUAACCUGGUUUUCCAUCAUUGCUGAAGCAGUGUUUUAUACGGAUUUCAUGGGACAGGUCAUCUUUAAAGGGGAUCCCAAGGGUCCUUCUAAUUCUACUGAACUGCAUGCCUACAAUGCCGGAGUUCAGAUGGGCUGUAGGGGCUUGGUCAUUUAUGCUGCGACUGCUGCUGUUUGCUCAGCUUUACUACAAAAAUACCUGGACAACUACGAUCUUAGUAUAAAGGUGAUCUACAUUCUGGGCACGCUGGGUUUUGCUAUUGGAACUGCAGUGAUGGCUAUGUUCCCCAAUGUGUACGUUGCUAUGAUAAUGAUCAGCACUAUGGGAAUAGUCUCUAUGAGCAUAUCCUACUGUCCUUAUGCGCUUUUAGGACAAUACCAUGAUAUUAAAGAGUAUAUUCACCACAGCCCUGGGAACUCAAAGCGAGGAUUUGGCAUAGACUGUGCUAUCCUGUCAUGCCAGGUCUACAUCUCCCAGAUCCUGGUGGCCUCAGCACUUGGUGGAGUGGUGGAUCUAGUAGGCACAGUCCAGGUUAUUCCAAUGGUGGCAUCAGUAGGAUCCUUCCUGGGCUUUUUGACCGCUACAUUUUUGGUGAUUUAUCCUGACGUCACAGAGGACCCAAAGGAAGAACAGAAAGGACUGAGCCCUCCCAAGACCACCGAAAGCAAUAGUGUGGAUGCAGAGAAACCAACUGCUAUAAAGCUCUCACGUAAAGGGGCAGCCUCAUCAGAAUUGGAAAGCGAGUCAAUAGUUUGAACUGGUCGUUG